UUCAGUUUCUAGCAAAGUUUUCCACACGCAGAGGGCAGAGGGGAAAAAAAAGUAUUAUUGUGAGAUAUUAUUUGAGUGCUACUGUAAGCUUUUGUGGUAAAACGCAAGUCAGUAAACACAGUAUUUCGGCAAGCCUCACUAAGCCUCUCAUAUUUAUAAAGAGACAUGAAAAGUGAAGUUUCUUUAUGUCUGGUCUUGCUUGUGUUGAGCGCCGCUGCGUUGCCAGCGAACACUGUUGAAAAAGGCAACACUAGUUCUUCUGCUGCUGAUAACUCCUUGCACCUAGAAGGAAAGAAUACCUAUAAUGAAGAUUUUAACUCUGUCCUAACCAAGUUCUCCCUGCGCAGACCUUCAGCUCCAGAGGAGGAUGUGUGUUACAUUAACCCGAGCGAUCCAGAUGCACUCAACGCCUGCAACUUCAACCUCACCUCCAAAACCUUCCUGGUUAUCCAUGGAUGGACGGUUAGCGGGAUGUUUGAAAGCUGGAUUUCAAAGCUGGUCGCUGCUCUGUACGAACGGGAACACGAUGCCAAUGUGAUUGUGGUAGACUGGCUGAACCGUGCCCACCAGCACUACCCUGUUGCUGCUGAGAACACCAAGCUGGUGGGACAGGACAUUGCCCGCUUCAUAGACUGGAUGGAGGAGAAAGCAAACUUUCCACUUGACAACGUUCAUCUUAUUGGCUACAGUCUGGGUGCACAUGUGGCAGGGUUUGCAGGAAGCCACGCCUCCAACAAAGUUGGAAGAAUAACUGGUCUAGACCCGGCGGGCCCUGUGUUCGAGGGGACUCAUGCUCAAGGCCGCUUGUCGCCGGACGAUGCACACUUCGUGGACGUGCUCCACACCUUCACCCGUGGCUCUCUGGGGCUGAGCAUUGGCAUCCAGCAGCCCGUGGGUCACGUAGACAUCUACCCCAAUGGAGGGAGCUUCCAGCCAGGCUGCAACCUGAGAGGAGCCCUGGAGAACAUCGCCAGCCAUGGCAUUUCUGGCUUCUCGGAGGCAGUGAAGUGUGAGCACGAGCGCUCCGUCCACCUGUUCAUCGACUCCCUGCUUCACGAGCAGCAGCCCAGCAUGGCGUACCGCUGCAGCAGCAAAGAGAUGUUCGACCACGGCUUCUGCCUCAGCUGCAGAAAGAACACCUGCAACAACGUGGGCUACAACGUGAACCAGGUGCGCAACCGCAGGAGCGCCAGGAUGUACACCAGGACGAGGGCUGCCAUGCCGUUCAGAGUCUACCACUAUCAGUUGAAGAUUCACUUCUCCAGCAAAUUUAACGACUCCGAGAUCGAGCCCACGCUUACAGUGUCCCUUUACGGAACAAAAGGAGACGCAGAGAAUCUGGAUCUAAACAUCAGACAAAAGUUCUCUCCCAACAAGACCCACUCCUUUCUGCUGGUGACGGAGGUAGAUAUCGGGGACCUUCUGAUGAUGCGGUUCAGGUGGGAGGCCUCCUCCAGCUGGUCCUCCUCCUCUCUCCUCAAAAUGAUGUCAUCCUGGUGGUCAGACGAGAACCCAUCGAACUCCGACCUGGCGAUCCAUAAAAUCCGGGUCAAAGCUGGGGAGUCCCAGAAGAAGAUGGUUUUCUGCUCUAAAGAUUCCCCUGAAUUUGCUCCGUCUCAAGAGGUCAUUUUUGUCAGGUGUCAGGAUGGAUGGGUCAAAUCGUCAAAAAGACAUGUGACAAACAAGCAUUGAGGCUGUACAGAAGAGUCUGGAACAGCAGCCUGGACCAAUCAUAUCAUUCUCGGAAGAGCACUUGGCAUUCGACUUUAGCCAGCCUUACCUGUUUUGUUUAUUAUUUAUUUGUUUGUAUAUAUUGUACAGCAGCACUGUUUAAUUUAAAAACCAAAAACUUUGUUUUAAGCCGUGAGAUACUUUUGUUAUGUCAAUUGGAGCUGGUUUUAUAUGUGGGUAUGCUGUCUGUGUUCGUUGAAGGGAGCAAGAGAGCCUUAAAAUAUUAUUACUUGAAACACCUGGUCAAACCAUAUCUAUUUAUUAGGCAACUGAAAGGUAGAAUGGGGCUGAAUUACAUGGGCUUUAUACCAAAAUACAAAUUGUUCAAGCAAAAUAAAACUCCCCGUCUUACAAAACGAACACUUGAGGUAUAUUUUCUAAUGUGUGUGUUUUUUACAGCAUAGCUGUUUUAACAGCUGCUUCUCUAUAGCUCACUAUAAUUACCCACAGGGUUGACUUCACUAAAUACAGUGCUGGGCAAAGUGAUCUGCGGUAAUGCACGCUUUAGUGCGUUUAACGCUAUUAAGAUGGACCGCGGUUGAGAUCAUUAAAAUCAGCCCUGAUGUAUUAUUUGCUGCCUUUACAUGACUCUUGCAAUGAACAGCUGUUAACAUUCAGAAAUAUAAUUGAUAUCACAGAAUGCUCUUUGCCUUUAUAUGUGGGUGUUUGUUCUACAGAAGAAUAUCAAAUAGCUUGCUGCUGAUGCAUUCUACCUGUGCCUUUAUUAUUUCACUAACAAUUUAUUAGUGUGACAGACAGUACUCUAAAUGUUGAGCUACAAAGGUGAGGUUGUACCUUUUAAAGUUGACCUUGGGUUUUAAGUUAUCACGCUAUAUAAUAGCGAUUGAAAAUAACCUUCAGAGUUUUCACUCGUCAGUUUGCACGUGUAGUAAACGUUCUUCAUUUUUGUUUAGCUGAGGACAUCUGUGCUGUAAAAUUGUUUUCAUACUUCGUAUAUAUUCUGUUUUAUACUGGGAGACAAAAUGUGUGUGGUCUUGAAUUGCUUGUAGAGAUCUAUUUAUUUUUUUAACAGUGUUUAGUGUUUUGCGCUGAUGAAAAAAGGUCAAGCAGUAAAACGAAAGACAUGUUAAUACUGUAAAUUGAUAGAGAUGUAAAACAUUGAACGAUUGUUCGAGGGGGAAGGAUUAAAUCUCAAAGCAGCAGAAUUUUUUGUACAUAACUGUAAAUGUGAUGUUUUAAUAAAUUAUAACCAAUUGUUCA